CGCGAUACCCCACACCAAUACCGACGAGCUGAACGUUCGCAUUAGUUCAGCCGCAAUAGUUCAUGGGUCAUGCUACCAACUAUCUAAUAUCCUUGGCUACUCUCUUUUGAUCCAUCACAUCGACCCGCCUCUGCUCGACCUGGCACUCAGUACCCACAUUACAUUCUAGACAACACCGUGCGUUAUAACAUCUACCCUCAGUAGCUGCAUGUUAUUGCGAUCGAGCUGCGCAUAGCUCAAAGGUCCUUUCCGCCUACUCCGCGUGCGCUUUGCGUCAUCGAAAUUACGUACCAACUACGUCUUCAAGAUAACACGGCAGUCAUUCUGAAUACGCCAUGGCUGAAGUGCUGGCUACUAUCUCAAAUCUCUAUACAGCAGUAAAGGCUCUGCACACCUUCGCACUGCAAAUCGAACAGUGGAAGCUACUGUCUGAGCGACUUUUCGACAUCGAGGAGGGUCUCGAAUUCGCAAGAAUCUCUCUUGACAGCUGGCAAUACAAGUACGACAUACAGAUUCAUCGACCCAAUAUUUACACUAGAAUUCUCUUUGGAAAAGAGGGUCAUGAGCGCGUAACAGCCACAAUCGGUACUAUCAACAUAAUCACAGGGAACGUCAAGAGCGACAUCAGCCGAAUCAGAGGCCUUGCUCUCAAAGUUGAGCAAGGGCGCACCUACUAUGGAGAAAACCAAGAUAUUGGUCACGAAGAACGAGUCAAAGAAUGCCUCCGAAAGAUACAACGCAAGAGCACAUGGUCGCGCAGAUUUUUCUUGAGCGUUCUGGGAAAAUCAUACGACCUAGAGAUGCGUCUCAAGCGGCUGAAUCAGAAGCUCGCCACACUGGAACGCCUUUCUGAUUUCUACCUCGAAAAAGAGCACGUGGACAUUUUCUCAGAGAUUGAACGGCUCCCUGGGCGGCACCUGAUCAUCAGGGCCGGAGACAGAAGCGCAUUGAGCCAUCGACUGCACAUCGGCAUUUCAGUUCCUCGAGUUCAUAGGCGCGACUUUGCGUUUUUACUCAGUAUGCAUGGAACAAGCCACGAAGUCCUUGUACAGCCCGUUACCAUCAAGGCCGUCCACGAUCCAUCCAUGGUCGCAAACGACCUCGCCACUGCCCUGUCAACUCUUGCAAGCAAGACGCAGGAUAGUUGCUACAUGGUACCAACCUUGUCUACAUCGGCAGGUUUCAUCGUCAAGAAUCCGCCGACAAAUCUCCUCUGUGAUUUGGAAUACAAGGAGCCUCUAUCGAGUACGAUUCGCGACCAGAACGUCUAUCUUGGCUCACAAAAACUAUACUCGCAGGAUCAAAACGCGAUAGCAAUUGGCGUCGCGCAAGGCUGUUUCCGAUUGAUAGGGAGCCAAUGGCUGUCUUUCCUCGACUGUUCGAACAUACGCUGGCGCAGGACCAAGGAUGGAAAGUGGAUCAGCAUGCUAACCGCAGCGCCUGGCCAGUCAUUGACGACGCGCACCUUGGAGAAAUGCUACAAAAGCAACCGUGAGAGAAGAGACAGUCGCGACCUCUCCAAACAUAUCCAAAUCUUCCGCAUCGGGCUCGUUCUCGCGGAGAUGGCGCUCAAAGCGCCGUUCUCACACAUUGAUUUCGACACUGCGACAUACACGACGAAGCUGUACAUCAACGAUGGUGAAGAGGUCAGUGCCCACGAAGUCGCAUCGCAAGUUGACAUGAAGAGCAACAUUCUAUUAGGAAACAUGGUGUUCUUCUGCCUCAAUGUAUUACAGGACAACAACGCCAUGGCUGAGAGGAGCAUCGAAGGCAGUUAUUUUCAACAUGUGCACAAGCAAGCAGAGGAGCUCGAAAGAAUUCUUGGGUCCGACGGACGAAGAGGUGGCUUAAGCCCAGGCUCAAGUCCAAUGGGAAGUGGUUCAAAUACCCCCAGAUCAGCUGCAAGCGCAUACGUGUAUUGAUUUUCGUGGAAUUCGAGAGGCGGCCUAAGCUACUUAGACUCAUCAAUGGAGUUUCUGCAUUGACUGAAGUAAACGAUGUUUCUAUCCAAGCGAUCGAGACUUGCUGACCUUGACUUGAGGCGCUGGUCAGAAAAAUGCUUCCCUU